AAAAAUGGACAUGCAGAUUGUUUGGUUUUGAUGAAUUAUUGCAGCUUGAAAGCAUUGUUAUGAAACAUGUUCAUGUAUACUCAAAUUGUUUACUCAUAAUGAUUUCAUGAUUUCUUUUAGAAACCACCGGACACCAGGGGUCAGGUACUUUUGAGGAUUUGCAACAGCAAAUUAUCGACAACUACAAGCGAACUGCAAAGACUAUUCCUGCACACCCUAUACUGCAGUCACGUAAUGUAGAUAUUGAUAAAUUCUUUAUCCCUCUGUUACUCAAAAAGAACAUACCAGGCAAAAGAAAAUCAAAGAGGUCGGUGAGAUUACCAGAAGGAAAAAGAUUGUUAGAUAUCAAUCAGACCACUAGGCUCCAUUCCCUGGAGGAUUUGUUGAAUCCAGAAGUAGUUGAGGAAAUCAAGAUUCUUCUUUAUGGCGGGGCCGGGACGGGUAAAUCAACCCUGUUAGUGAAAGUUGCAAACUCCUGCAUCAUACUCAGUUCAAAACCCCUUCUUGGUAGAUUCGAUCUUGUGCUUUGGAUAAAGCUGAGGCAAAUGCAGCAAUCUAGUUGUAUCUUGGAUGCCAUAUUUGACCAAAUUCUGGCACGAAACACCAAACUGACAAAACACGCAGUCAAAGUGUUCAUUGAUGAUCACGAAUCAGGCAUUGCCCUGCUGUUGGACGGAUUAGAUGAAAUUCCUUCUCAUGUUUUGCACUCUAAGGGGGGUGUGUACAGGGUUCAGGAUAUCUUACACAGCAAAGUCCUUGCAAAAAGUUUUGUGUUGGUAACUACCCGACCACACAUGACCGAAUAUGUAUUGAGCGAUGACCACCAGUAUGCAGUGGUUGAGACUGUUGGCUUCACACCACAAGACAGAGAUCGGUACAUCAGAUUAAACUUUCCUGAUGAUGCUGACAUGGGAGACAAAUUGAUUUCAAAUCUGAAAGUCAAUGCAAAUCUGCAGGAAAUGGCUGUAGUUCCAAUCAUUUCCCAGAUGUUGUGCCUUGUUUGGGAGAAUCAACAGUCCUUGCCAGAGAGAAUUACCGAGCUGUAUGCAGAGUUUGCAUUGGCUCUUUUCAAGCGCCGUAAUAAAGAUAUGAGUGGUAAACAAGUGAUGUCUAACAUGAUGUCCAUCAUUGAUGGCUUGGGGCGUGUUGCAUUGCAAGGGUUACUAGACUCUAGUGGGGAAAGACUCAUGUUCGAUGAAACUGAAUUUCAGGAUUGUCAGUCUUGCUUACGUGAGGGUUGUCGUGUGGGUUUUGUUCAACUUGAACAGUACACUAGUGGUCUGCAUGUAAACGUGUUGGUCACUUUCCCUCACAAGACCAUCCAAGAAUACUUUGCAGCAUGUCACCUGGUGAAAUUACUACAAGAUGACGUAAAAAAGUUCCGUCAUCAGUUGAAGCAGAUUGGAGAACAUAAUGUUCAUGCGAUGGGAUAUCUGCUGAGAUUUUGUUGCGGUAGAUCAGGACAGGCUGCUGGUCUCAUUCUGGAUCACAUAAAAAAUGUGCAAUCAGAGAGGCUAGAUUUCGAGAAGAAACCGCAGAUGUUGGCUCGGUGGUUGUUGUUGGAGUCUGGUUCAGGAGAGUUGGCUGCCAAACUUGUCAGACCAAAUAUGGUACACUGCAACAGUAACGAAGACCUGAAAUCACUGAACUACUACUUACAACAUGUCACUCCGCCACUUAAAUGUAGACAUUUUUACAUGGACGUAAGACAGCAGGAGCUUACCUUUCUCAAGGGAAUUCUUCUGAGUGACAGCAUAAAGUCAGCUGAUAAGGUAGUUGUUAACUACCACUUGUCUGAGCAGCAGCAGGGGGGGAAGGAGCUUAGCCUCCUUGAGAAAACACUUGGUGUGGUGGAUGAACAGCACCGUGCUCUAUUAGAUGUCACCAUUCACAUUGUGCGGGAGUCAUGGUUUGACCUGGGGCCUAUCUCACACAGCUUUUUCCGCAUGCAGAAACAAACAGGCAGUCUUAGUUUGUCUAUGGUCACACGAUCACCGGAUGAGUUUUUUUAUCUAUUGAAUGCACUGGAAGGAUGCAGGUUGAGUUCGCUCACACUGUGGGACAUUGACCUGCAUGCACGGUUGCGAAAUGUUAGCCACAUCUCGUCAUCCCUUGUUAGCUUGAACCUAUCUGGAUGCGGGUUGGUCGAUGAUGACGUGAAGGACCUGAUGAGGAUCCUCCCUGCUGGACAUGAUUUAAGUAUGCUCGUUCUUGAUAACAAUGCAUUCAGUUCGAAUGCAGUGAGCGCUCUCACCCAUCAUCUCCGACGUCUCCCUAAUAUUGGGCUGUUGCCAUCGGCUGAUGAAAGGGGGGGUUUAAGACGAACCAGGGGCCUGACAAAGUCAGAGGGACUACUGCUGUCGUGGGGGAUCCCCCUUGCAGAUGAGUAGGACCUAGCAAGGCGGUGAGGGCAACAAGAAACAAAGCCAGACAGCUUCUCUGUGUUCACAUGACUUUAUUGCCGACUGCUGAACCUGAAGGCCACCUGUAAAAAUUGGGCAGGCACUACCAUGCAGCCCGCAUGGUCUGAGGGGUAUAAAAUAAAACGUACAGUUCAUGUCCAGUGGAUAAUUCACGUAUUUAAUCAGAGCCUUGGUCUUUGACAACUGGAAUUUUAACAUUAGUCCAGCGGAUAUGUGAC